CCUUCCUUUGCUCUCUAACAAAGCCUGUUUAGUCACCACUGGCAACCAUGGUUGUACUUUCGUCUCCAAGGGCACUAGCAAGCCUCUUACUUCUCACAGCCAUCCCAGUGACUGUGUUGUUCCUGCCCUUCACAAACGCUCAAAAUGCGACCGACACCAUCAGCAAAGAUCCAUUAGGAGUGCGCGCUUUCAUUGAAAAAGCAAUGGCUGCCAACGGUGUUCCAGGGAUGAGCGUAGCGAUCUUUCACAAGGACCGUAUAAUUUUUUCUGAAGGGUUCGGGAAACGAAAUAAUAAAGAUCCAUUUCAAGUCGACACUUUGGCACCGAUUGGCUCCAUCACAAAGUCCUUCACAGCAGCAUCAGUUGGGGAGUUGGUAGCCGAAGGCAAGAUGGAUUGGGAUACUACUCCAAUUUCCAAAUACCUCCCUGAAUUUCAGGCGCAGGAUCCGGUAGUCGAUUCGCAACUCACAGCAAUCGAAAUGCUAUCACAUCGAACAAAUUAUCUGUCAUAUGACUUAAGUUGGAUUAGGACGAAUACUACGAGACGCGAGCUAAUCAAACGCUUAAAAAAUGCUGUGGUUGACCGCAAAAUGCGCACAAGAUUGCAGUACAACAAUGUGAUCUAUUCCGUCAUAGGCGAGGCUGCUGCUAACGUUGCUAAAACCAGUUGGGAGAAACUAGUCGACAGCAAGGUGGUCAAGCCUCUGGGGCUUAAAAAUACUGGUUACGGACAAAUGGGGAUGAGGAGACAGUCUAACAAUCACGCUCUCGCACACUUUGCAUACUCGUUUGACGACUUGAUCAAUGGUAAAAUAGAGAUCAAGGACCUAGAUCCUAUAUAUAUGGCUCGUGCGCCUGCUGGCGACAUGUUCUCUAAUGUUUUGGAUCUGAUUCGUUGGGGCCAAGUGAUCAUGAACUCUGGACAGUUAAACGGCAAGCAAGUACUGAGCAAGGAGAGUAUUGAAAGGAUGGUCACUGGACACACAUACGCUCCUAACCCUGACCCUGAUUUUGCUCCUACACGUGCGUAUGGUUUGGGCAUGGGGAUCUCCAGCUACAAAGGCAAAACGUUUUUUUCACAUAGCGGAGGGGUUUCGGGCUUCCAGGCGAAUCUUCUCAUCUUUCCGAACGAUAAGGUGAUCAUAGCUUCGUUAUCAAACAUCCUCCCUUCGACCCCUGCCACGUACCUCCCAUAUUACAUUGCCGAUCAUCUCUUUGGAUUGCCUACAACAAAGGAUUGGUUGGCCGAAUCGGUCCGAGAGAACAAAUUAUACUAUGAAUUCGUGCAAGAUGAGCUGAAGGGUGCUUCUCUCCCACCCCAAAUCAGAGACAAGCCGCCAACUCGGCCCUUGAUCGAUUUUGCCGGGACAUAUGAGAACCCUAUUCAUGGCUCCAUCACGAUUCGGUUAGAGUCUGAAGGAGGAAAGGGGGAAUCACUGUUUUUCAAUAUUAACCAAUUCGACAGCAAGAUGGACCAUUACCACUACGACUCCUUCAAGUUUAUCCUCAAUGACGAUGGAAUCGUAAUUUCAACGCUCUUGACUUUUCAGACUAACGCUGAUGGCAAUAUAUCAUUCCAAGUCAACUUCCCUGAGGGCCUGUGCCAAUUUGAAAAGGCCAACUUAUAGGCUCGGACAUGAGUGAGGAUGUAGUAACAAUGAAGACACAUGAUCUAAAC